AUGGCUCACCAUAUCGACCCAGUCAACCUCACUCCCAUACCGCCGUUGCUUGAUUCAUACACGUAUCAUUCGAAGUUACCGGAUUCCAUAGAUGGACAAGUGAAAGAUGGUGAUGAAGGCUGGAUGAUGGGUAUUGAUGAGGCUGGACGAGGGCGACCGAUGGUUUACGCGGCUGCUUAUUGCCCUAUAUCAUUCAAAUCGACAUUAGAAGAGAUGGGAUUUGACGAUUCAAAGGCACUUUCAGCUGAUACUAGACAAUCACUCUGGGAAUCAUUUGACGUGAAUCCCGAACUAUGUUAUUCUUCAUCUUCAUUGUCUCCACAAGCUAUAUCAGCUGGAAUGUUGAGAAGAAUACCUAUAAAUCUAAACAGGCAAGCCGAGGAUGCGACGGUUGGAUUGAUCAAAGAUGCUUUAGACAGAGGUAUAAAUAUCAAGGAGUGCUUCGUAGACGCUUUAGGACCAGCACCACAAUGGCAAGCUCGUCUAACAGCCAUAUUCCCUUCUAUAUCAUUCACAGUGUGUCCCAAAGCAGAUAGUCUUUUCAAGAUCGUAGGAGCAGCCUCUAUAGUAGCUAAAGUCACCAGAGAUAGAUAUGUACACGGUUGGGUAGAUCCUGAAGACGAGGAUAUGCCAAAAGGAGAUAUCGAUAUUGAUGGGGAAGAAGGAGUAGGGAUUGGUAGAGGAUCAGGGUAUCCUUCAGAUCCUAAAACUCAAGCUUUCCUCAAAGAAUCGAUAGAUCCUAUAUUCGGUUACAAAGGGAUAGUCAGGUUCUCAUGGGCAACAGUCAAAGUCCUUUUAGACAAACAAGGCGUAGAAUGUAAAUGGAUUGACGAUAAUACUCAACCAUCAACUGCGGGCUGGUUUGGCGCUGAUGCAGACAAUGGAAGACCUAAAAUAUGGCGAGAUAUAGGUGUAUCCGGUGUUGGGGAGUUAUGA